UAUAAAUAUAUAAGCCACGCAGCUCUGGAGUUUGACCAUAUGAACUGUACCGAAUACCGCGAAUAGAUUACGUCAGUUGGAGUUCACUUCCCCUCCAGGGAUAUCCGCUCGUAGUGACAUGUAAUUUUCUUUAUCAUCAAAACGAAUUUUACAAUUCAAAAGAAGGACAAAAUGACAGAGAUACAAAAAUUAUCUCGUUGGUAUUUUGGAGGAUUUGCUUCUGCUGGCGCUGCUUGUGUUACACAUCCAUUAGAUUUGCUCAAGGUACAUAUGCAAACUCAACAAGAAGGUAAAAUAUCUGUAAUGCGUUCUACUAUUGCGAUAAUAAAAAGGGACGGUAUUUUGGCUUUAUAUAAUGGUCUUACUGCAUCUUUACUUCGUCAACUUACAUAUUCUACAACAAGAUUUGGAGCUUACGAGGUAGCUAAGCAGGCAUUAGAAACACCUGGGAAUCCUACGCCGUUUUAUCAAAAGCUGCUUUUGGCUGGAUGUGCAGGUGCUGCUGGUGGAAUCGUGGGUACUCCAGGAGAUUUGAUUAAUGUGCGUAUGCAAAAUGACAUUAAGUUAGCGCCAAACCUUAGGAGAAAUUACAAACAUGCUAUAAAUGGAUUAAUUCGAGUAAUUCAAGAAGAAGGUGUACAACGUUUAUUUAAUGGUUGUUCUACUGCAACUGGAAGAGCAAUAUUAAUGACCAUAGGACAAUUGAGUUUUUAUGAUCAGAUUAAAAUACUUUUAUUAACAAGUGGUUACUUUACAGAUAAUCCUACCACCCACAUAAUUUCAAGCGUAUGCGCAGGUGCUGUAGCUACAACACUAACACAACCAUUGGAUGUUUUAAAAACGCGUGCAAUGAAUGCAAAGGUUGGAGAAUUCAAGAAUUUUGCAGAUCUCUUUUUAUAUACUGCCAAGCUUGGACCACUGGCUUUCUUUAAGGGCUAUGUACCAGCAUUUAUACGACUAGCUCCUCAAACGGUUCUCACUUUUCUCUUUCUUGAACAACUCAGAGCCUAUUUUGGCAUUCCAAUACCAACUGAGAAACCAUCUUAAUGCAAUAUUUAUUUUCUUUGAUAUUAAAUUAACUUGGGAACUAUUAUCCAUCCAUUACAUCGCACAUAAUAGCGUAGGUUUAUCCUUAAUUUGUAUAAGCUGCCAAUUUUACUCUACAUGUCUAUAUCUUGAUUAUUAUAUUAAUGCAUAUAAUCAUUUUACAAAUACUUUAUAUAAUAUAUUCGUAUCAUUUUUAUUAGGGCCAUUUAUGCUAUUGAAAACAGAAAAAGAAUUUAAGUACGUUCAAAUUUGUGUUAACAAAAUAUGUCGCAAAAGUAUUUCCAAUCAUACAUUCCUUGUAAAUAUUAUUGAUUGUUAUUUAUAUGCAGGCAUAUAUGUGUAUACAAAACGAUACAUACAUACGGUACAUACAUGUAUUUAUAUUAACGUUUAAAUGUACGCAACAAAUUGAUUUACUUAUAUUAGAAUAAUAUCCGAAUACUCGUGUCUUACUAUAGCAGGACUAUGGUAAGACUUGAAUGUUUUAAUUAUCAAUUAAGCGUACAAAAUACACAAUUGCCAUUGUAAUACAUACAUACAUACAUAGUAAAGCGAAAGGUAAUAUUUGGAGUCUAUUUCAAGUUAUAUUUUUUUAAUAAAUAUUUGCUAUAUACAU